CGGGGCUGCAGACGUCACAAUGAGAGCGGCUCCCGCCGCCCGGCCGCCAGGCGCCCGAGUCAGCGCCGCGGGGCGGGCCGGGCCGGGCCGGGCCGGGAGCACGCCGCGGCCGGGCGGGCAGAGCCCCGCCGGCGGCAUGGAGGAGAGCGCCGGCGCCGUGCUGCCUCCCUGCCGGGUUGGGCUGGCUCCUGGCGUUGCCCCCUUGGUGUAGGAGCAGCAGGAAGGGGGCGCGGCAGCUGGCACCCCCGCCCCGUCCCGCCGGUGCCGGGGGCCAGCCCCGCUGCGCGCACCCCGGCUCACGGCUGCCGGGCAUCCCGCCCUCCCGGUUUUUGAUAAAUGGACACUGACAUGGACUACGAAAGACCCAACGUUGAAACUAUCAAGUGUGUGGUGGUCGGAGAUAAUGCAGUGGGGAAAACUCGUCUAAUUUGCGCAAGAGCGUGUAAUACAACCUUGACUCAGUAUCAGCUGCUGGCAACUCACGUUCCAACUGUCUGGGCCAUUGAUCAGUACCGUGUCUGCCAAGAGGUCCUUGAACGCUCACGAGAUGUUGUGGAUGAAGUGAGUGUUUCUCUCAGACUGUGGGAUACAUUUGGGGACCACCACAAAGACAGACGUUUUGCUUACGGAAGGUCUGAUGUAGUUGUUCUGUGCUUUUCAAUUGCUAAUCCUAAUUCCCUGAAUCAUGUGAAAACAAUGUGGUAUCAAGAAAUCAAGCACUUCUGUCCUCGCACACCUGUCAUUCUGGUGGGCUGCCAACUAGAUCUCCGUUAUGCUGAUCUUGAAGCUGUUAACAGAGCCAGACGGCCUUUGGCAAGGCCUAUAAAAAGAGGAGACAUUUUGCCACCAGAAAGAGGCAGAGAGGUUGCCAAGGAGCUUGGGAUACCAUAUUAUGAAACCAGUGUAUUUGACCAGUUUGGAAUUAAAGACGUUUUUGAUAAUGCGAUUAGAGCUGCCCUGAUCUCCAGAAGACACCUGCAGUUCUGGAAAUCACAUCUGAAGAAGGUCCAAAAACCUCUACUUCAAGCUCCAUUCCUACCUCCGAAAGCACCUCCUCCUGUUAUCAAAAUUCCAGAGUGUCCCAUACCAAGCAUGAAUGAAGCUGGAUAUUUACUGGAGAGCCCACUGUGUGCAGACGUUAUGUUUGUUCUCCAGGAGCAGAACUGCAUUUUUGCUCACAAGAUUUACCUAGCUACCUCCUCCUCCAAGUUUUAUGACCUUUUUUUAAUGGAAUGUGAGGAAAGUCCAGACUUGGAUGAAACAAAGUGUAAUAAAGAAAGUACAAAUAGGGAUGCUCUGACAUGUCAUCUUGAGACAAAUGAUGACAGUGAUGAGAUAUCCUUAAAAUCUGCUGAUGUCAAACUUCCAGCACCAGAAAGUGAUGGCUCUCUAAACACGCUAGAACUUGAAGCUGGUGAAACUAAUUCUGCAGCAAGAUCUCUUUCAUCCUGGGGCAAAGGGUUUGUUAGUGUGCAUAAGGAAAUGCAAGUGAACCCUGUCUCAAAUAGGACGUGUCUUGUAACUGUGGUAAGAAUGGAUUCAUCUGUGCAGGUUGGACCUUUUAGAACUGUUUUGCAGUUUUUGUACACAGGGCAACUGGAUGAAAAUGAAAAAGAUCUCACAAGAUUAGCUCAGAUUGCUGAAAUCUUGGAAGUAUUUGAUUUGCGAAUGAUGGUGGAGAAUAUUAUGAAUAAAGAAGCCUUCAUGAAUCAAGAGAUUACUAAAGCAUUUCAUGUCAGAAAAGCUAAUCGGAUAAAAGAGUGCCUUUCUAAAGGGACAUUUUCAGAUGUGACAUUUAAAUUGGACGAUGGAACCAUAAAGGCCCACAAGCCACUACUGAUCUGUAGCUGUGAAUGGAUGUCUGCUAUGUUUGGAGGAUCAUUUAUUGAAAGCUCGAACAGUGAGGUAGUUCUUCCUAACAUAAACACGACUUCCAUGCAAGCAGUUUUGGAUUACCUGUAUACCAAACAACUGUCCCCCAGUCAGGAACUGGACACACUUGAGUUAAUUGCAUUGGCAAAUAGGUUUUGCCUUCCUCACCUGGUUGCAUUAGCAGAACAGCACACAGUACAAGAGCUAACAAAAGCCUCCAUGAGCGGCAUUGCAAUAGAUGGAGAAGUGUUAUCUUAUUUGGAAUUGGCCCAGUUUCACAAUGCUAACCAGCUGGCAGCUUGGUGUUUGCACUACAUCUGCACCAAUUACAACAGCGUUUGCUCCAAAUUCCGCAAGGAAAUCAAAGCUAAGUCUUCAGAUAAUCAAGAAUACUUUGAGAGGCAUCGCUGGCCACCUGUGUGGUACUUAAAGGAAGAAGAUCACUACCAGCGAAUUAAGAAAGAAAGAGAAAAGGAAGAUGUUGCACUGAAUAAACACCAUUCGAAGCGGAAGUGGUGCUUCUGGAAUUCCUCUGCUGUAGUUGCCUGAGCAAAGCAAACAGGUGGAAAUCUGUAGCCAGUCUCAGAAAUUAGUCUUAUUGUUAGAAAUAAGAUGUAGUUCAGGUUUUCAGGCACUAACUUUGUUCCACAUGUGUGCAUUUAUUAUUGCUAUGGUCAAAAGCACAAGCUCACUUAAAGUGAGCCUGGAACAGCUCCUUGAAGUCAUAUGUAUAUUUUUGGCUAGUAAGCAGAUAAAUGUCUACCAUUAUUACAUUUCUUUUUAUACAAAAAAAAUCCAGCAUUAAUGUUUCAAACUCCAAUUGGGAAAUAUUUUUAUACUGUCUGGUGUAUUUUGUUUAAAUAAAUAAAAUUCUGGAUUUCAUUUUAUUUUACAGACCACAGAAUAACCAUGUAGCAGCUUUGUAAUUAGAUUUUAACUAUUUUUCCUAUGCGAGUGAAAUAAUAGAGAAUUCUCAGUCAUAAGAGACAACCUUUAGAAUAUCCCAUAAAAAGUCAUCUUAGGAAAAAAUCUAGUUGCCUAGUAUAAGUUUUUUUUUUUAAGCUAAGUACUGUGCACUCAUAAUAUAAUUAGAUGGUUAUUUCUCCUUUCUAAAGUAAAGGGUUAUAAUAAGAUCCAAUAACUGCAACAUACAGAGUGCUUGAUCUUUGUUCACCUGAAUAAUAGGCAGUAUAAUUACCUGUUCAACUGCAGGCAAAUGUAUUUCUAAUAUUUGCCUUAUAAGUGCAAAUAAUUACGACUAUGUGGGCCAUGUGAAAUCUAGUGAUUCUAAGUAUUCAGAGGUUUUAAAUGUCUAGAUUAAAGAGGAUAAUUCUAAAAUCAUUUAGAAGGGCUUAUUAAUUUAUAUCCUUAUACAGGUAUGGCCCUGAAUAUAAAAAGCAGUUACACUGCCUGUAUUUGAAUUACUGCAUGGCAGUUACCUUGUUCUGUUGGGAUCCUAACCAUGCAGCCGUUCCUCACACAGAAUUCGUUUUUGCUUCAGUGGAAGCAAAUGAAAGGGCUGCAAAACCAAGUAGGAGCUAUUUAGUGUUGUAGCUUUUUGUAAAUGGAGAAGGAUCUUCACAUACCAGAUCACUUCAGUUUGAUCCACAUUGUUUUGUAGCUUCUCCCAGAUAGAAUUGAAAAUGUUAGAUGAUUUUUAAGUAGAUUGUGUAUUCCCUCUGGAAGUAGAUAUUCCCAGCUGGGGGCAAACUGUCGGGGGGAAAAAGGAAGAAUUCUGCAUAAAUGGUGCAAGAAAAAAAAAGCCUCCAGUGUUUUUCAGUAUCCUGUGUGUUUAUGACUUUUUAAUCAACCAUUGCUCUAACAUUGUAGUGUUACACUAGAAUACAUAAGGAUGAGAGAGUUUUUAAAAGACCAAAAAGGAAAUAAAUAUACUGUAGAACAUACACAUGCAAUCCUGUACAGUGUCUCAGGCACAAUUCUUUAACAAAAGGUAGUGGUGUGUAUUAGGUUUGUUAGUAUUGGUUUGUGCUGGCAGCUCAGCAUACCAACGUGAACAGCAGUCUCUUGGUGUUGUUUUUGUUUGUUUGUUUUUUCCUGUAUUCAAAGGCAAGGCAGUACAGUCAAACCCCAGUACUGUAGGUCAGGCACAGGUCACUGUAAGGCUUUGGAGUGAAAGCCAUAUACACCUCUACAUAUGUGAGUUCUGAACAGAGCCAGUUUGUGGCAGAUGCUACCACAGAGUGGUAGAAGUUGCCCAGCGUGGGAAAGAGAAAUGCUGCUCUACAGAUUUCUGUAAGGAAAGCUAGUGACAGAUUCCUUCCUCUAUAAGAUUCAUCACCACAUGGUGAUAAAGAAGGGCUAUAAACUACGGUUGCAAAUACAGUCUCCUUAAUUCUUGGUCAGUGAUCAUGUAGAUUGUGGAGGGGAAGAAAGAAUGAGAGAAGGCAUGUCAAGACUAAGAUGGAGUUAAUAUCUGUUGUCAUAAAGUGUGCAACAGUCAUAUUUUAAAUAAGUAUUGCUACUAGGUUUUACACAACCAAAGCUACUGUAUGAUUGUAAUCUUGCCAAACUGUAAAGGAUAUAUAAAUGAAACUGAGGUAUAUGCAAUAAUAUCCAGUUGUACUAGUUAUCAGCUACUAUAACCAAGUGGCUGGUUCAUUUGGUUAAUGCUGUCUAUGGCCUUUAAUCUUGGUGGUUAUUUUGUGUUUUUUUUAUUUUGAAAAAAAAAGAGUCAAUAAAACCAUUUAGUUAAAA